AUGUCCGACGUCCCUGAGACCAAGCCUGACCCCACCACCAGCGCUCCUGAGGGCGCUGAGAAGGCCGAGACCACUACAUCUACUGAAGCUCCCAAGGCUGAGGAGAGCAAGCCUGUGACUGAAGUUGUGGCCGACACGGCCAAGGAGGCUACCACCAAGACAACCGACAGUGUUUUCUCUAUGUUCGGCGGGGGUCCCAAGAAGGAAAAGAAGGAAGAGACUGAGGAUAACAAGGAUGAGCCUUCUGGCUCUUCAAAGGCACAGAAGGGCGAAGACGAAGAUGAGGCGCCUGAGUCCCCUGAUGUUCACUUCGAACCUGUUAUCCGCCUGACCGAGAAGGUCGAAACCAAGACCAACGAAGAACUUGAGGAGCAGACUUUCAAGAUGCGCGCCAAGCUGUUCCGGUUCGACGGCGAGAGCAAGGAAUGGAAGGAGCGUGGUACUGGUGAUGUUCGAUUGCUCAAGCACAAGGAGAACCAGAAGACCCGUCUGGUGAUGCGCAGAGAUAAGACCCUGAAGGUUUGCGCCAACCACUACAUUGUUCCCGAGAUGAAGUUGAACCCCAAUGUUGGCAGUGAUCGCAGCUGGGUUUGGAACGCCACUGCCGAUGUCAGCGAGGGUGAACCCGAAGCCCAGACCCUUGCCAUUCGGUUCGCAAACAGCGAGAACGCCAACCUGUUCAAGGAUGCUUUCGUGAAGGCUCAGCAGGAGAACGAGAAGCUCCUCGCCGGCCAGAAUGUCAGACUGGUUACGGAACAGCAUGUUGUGAACAAAGAUUCGGGCGUUGAAGGGUUUCCUCUCCGGGCGUGGUCGAUCGAAAUUUACCUCGUCAAUGACCACGGAGAACAAGUACCGGCCAGUGUCUUCGACAAAGUGACUUAUACAUUGCAUCCUAGUUUCGGUGAAAGAGCCAUUCAAACCUUCAAGAACCCGCCGUUUAGGAUUGCGGAAGAAGGAUGGGGUGAAUUCGACAUGCAAAUCACUCUCCACGCCGACAAGGAUCACUACCUGACACACGACCUCAACUUUGCACAGACACGCUACGAGUCCAAGCACGUCAUUACAUUUAAAAACCCCAAGCCUGCCUUAUUGGCAGCCCUGCGGGAAUCGGGCCCCGUGCCCGGAGAUGAGAAUGGAGUGAAGUCUAAGCGUGCUGCAACAGGCGAAGAAGGAUCAAAGAAGAAGAAGCGGACAGAGAAGAGCGUGGAUAUGGACAAAUUAGCCGACGGCCUCCAACGGCUCGGAGAAGAUGACCUUCUCCAAGUGGUGCAGAUGGUACAUGAUAACAAAGCCCCGGACUCGUACACCAAGAACGAUGUCGAGCAGGGAGAAUUCCACGUCGAUCUUUAUACCCUACCAGACACCCUGAUCAAAAUGCUGUGGGAUUUUACGCAAGAGAAGGGCGCUCUGUGA